ACGCGCAGCGGAGGCACCCACUGACGCACAAACAAACGCGCAGGCGAGGCGAGGCGGAGGAGGCCGCACCGCAGGCACACACGCAAGAAACAAACGGCGCCUCCUCCUCUUCUCCAGGUCGUCCAGGCUCAAAAAGGUCCAGGCGAAAGCGGAGGAGGAGCGGGAGCUGAAGCGGUUACGCCCUCCGACUCCGUCAACUGGCAUCACACGAGCGAGCAAGAUGGGUGGCUUCGUGGACCCCUUCGUUCCAGCGCCGGCGUGGCCUCAGGACAUGGUGUUCACUGGCACAUCCUGGUCAGGCAGCGCUUCCUCUCUUGCUGACUCAGCAGGGACAUACUUGGCAGCUGCACCAGAUGAAGACACAGAGUUUCACCUCCAGAACAGGUCCAAGCCUGUGUUCUUGAACGGCAACGCGAAAGAGAUCUUGUCGUCUGUGGAGCUGCACGAGCAGUUCUUGCAAGCGCAGUUGCAGGACGACGUGACGCAGGGCCUGAACUUUGAAAUGGACGGUGCUCUCAUGGCCAGCACGCUGGGCUCGGUCCUGAGCACGCCCUCUGCCAUAUCACUUGCCGACAGCGCUCCUGUGGUGUGCAGCUCCAAUGACAGCAGCGGUAGCGAGCAGUCCGGCCUGCCGCAGUUCCUCCUGGGAGAGCAGUCUGUGCCAUCUGCUGCGUGGCCGUCAACUUUCAUGCAGAUUCCUUCGUUGGUUGGGGAAGAAACAUCGAAGAGCUUCGGCUUCGGUGCGGUUUGCAAUGAUGAUCUUCUGCGUGAGGCCUGCGCUGCAGAUGGGAAGAACUAUCCACAGCUAGGCAACAUGCCCUCUGUACCACUGCAGCUACAUAAUGAUGUUGAGUUCAACACUGGAAAGAUGCUCUCUUUCGCUCCGGGUCCUGGGCAGCAAGUGAAUACAAACUUUGAGGAUCUGCAGAUCAGUCAAAAGGAAUUCAGCAGUCUGCAUCACCUGAACCUCUCCUCGCUGGUUUCUGGGCAGCUUUCAUCGUUUAAUGCUACAGGAGUAGCGCAUAAUCCUAAACAGUCCAAUGAAGUCAGCAGUGGAAAGAAUGGAUUGAAUGCGCCGCCGUUCAUGGCUCGAUCAGAAGUGCCGAAUGGCAGUGGGAUUGCUGCGAAUGGAGCUCCCAAGCCACGCGUCAGAGCUCGCCGAGGCCAGGCCACUGAUCCACACAGCAUUGCAGAGAGGCUCCGAAGGGAGAAGAUCUCUGACAGGAUGAAGAAUUUACAGGAGCUCGUCCCAAACUCCAACAGGACUGACAAGGCAUCCAUGCUCGACGAAAUCAUCGACUACGUCAAAUUUCUCCAGCUGCAAGUCAAGGUUCUUAGCAUGAGUAGGCUGGGCGCAACGGAAGCCGUCGUCCCGCUCUUGACAGAGUCUCAGACUGAGAGCUCCUCCGGUGGUCUCCUUCUGUCCCCGAGAUCAGGCAGGCAGCAGGCGGGCAGGAGCAGCCUGCUCGGGCAGUCCGAGCUCCGGGACGGUGCGUCUUUCGAGCAGGAGGUGAUGCAGCUGAUGGAGAACAACAUGACGACGGCGAUGCAGUACCUGCAGAGCAAGGGCCUGUGCCUCAUGCCGAUCGCGCUGGCGUCAGCGAUAUCUGACCAGAAGGGGACAUCCUCGGAGGCUGUCCGGCCGGUAAACAGUGGUGCCACGGACGAAGAAGAUGGCGCCGGCGGUGAGAAUCAUGAUGCGAAGGAGAUGCUGCGCGGGCUGAAUGCGUUUGGCAGUGCGAGGGAGAUGAAGUCCAGGGCCUAAGCGGCUAACAAUCAAGCCAUCCUAAGCUUAGAUGCCUGACAGUUCGUGCCGUGUUCUACUGGUUCUUUCUUGCGACUUGUAGCCUGGAGCCUGAACCAAGCUUACAUGUGCUAUAUCUUUCUUCUUCUUCUCAUCAUCACAAGAACGUAUGAUUAAUCCGUCCCUAAUUUGGAUUAUCUUGAUCGGUCGACGCAGCUCUGUUUCGACUGUGACUUGUUUCUGCGGUGCAUCACAAAAAGGCAACUUAACUUUGUUCAA